AUGGCAUACCUCAUCCAAUGUGUCCGCAAAGAUGACGAUAUCAUCGGGGAAACAAAGGUGAGAGAUGUUGAUGAUGAUGUCGGGGAAACAAAGUUUCAGAAACCAUCGUAUCCAGAGGAGGAACCAGGUAAUUUUGUUUGUUUAACCUGCAAGAAAAGCUUUUAUAAUGCGAACGCGUUACGUAAUCAUAAGACGAUGCAGCAUGACUCCAGAGAUUCUGCCACUGAAGAUGAACAGGCUAUGUUUUGUUCAAAUGGUAACGAUCAGGUAUUUGAUGAUAUUUGUGAUUUUAAAUUUAUACCAUUAAAUAAAUCGGAGAAAGAUCCAGUAACAGAACAAGACGGCAUUACUAAACGCACAUUCAGUGUUGAUACAAGCUAUUUAAUCAUUAGGUACGAAAGUAACGAAAGCGUUCGUGUAAAAAGAUCGAGGUUAGACAACAUGAUUAAAAGAAUACAAUCAAAGCCCGAGAAGAAACCUGUUGAUUUGCGCGGCCCCUUUACGUGUAGUCUGCCUUCGACUUCGUACCCUAGCACGCAAUGCAGACAAAUAUUCUUUAAUUGUUGCGAAUAUUCCUUACAUUAUAGGGAAGAGCAUACCAAGAGGCGGAAAGCGGCGUUGCGGUGCCAAGUUUGCGAGAAACGUUUGGAUAGAAAUUUGUUUCAACCCACAUCGUUGACAGCUCAUAUUGAACACCGAAAUGGUCCAUCGUUUUCGUGCCGCACUUGUGGAUUUACUUUUCUUGACAGUUUCCAAUUUGACGAACACAAUCGAAUAGUACACGCUAAAAUGAAACCACACCAGUGCAGUAUUUGUGCAAAACGUUUCACUCAGCUAGGCGGUCUACAGCAACACAUGCGUAUGCAUUCCGGAAUUCGUCCUUUCGUUUGCAAGUUUUGCACCAAAGCGUUUACUCAAAAGGCUGGCCUGGAUCAGCAUUUGCGUACCCACACAAAAGUGAAGCCGUUUAAGUGCAUCAUUUGCUGCAAAUGUUUCUCGCAAUCGGUUCAUCUGAGACAGCAUAUGCGAACUCAUACUAAUAUACAACCGUUUGGUUGUCCAAUAUGCAAGAGAAGAUUUAAACAAAGCAGUCAUUUAAAUUUUCAUAUGCGUUCUCACUUUGGAGAAGCGAGUGCUGUUAUAAUGGAGCAGUAUGCGCAGGCCGUACAACGUCAAGGCAAUAUGGAUUUUUUUAAUUUGUCAAAUGUCCAGCCAGUUCAAGACGGCGAAACAAUAUAUUAUGAGGCCCAAUUGACUUCGAACUCUGCUGAAACUCCAUCCACAAAUCCGUAUUUCCUUCAACUACCCAUUUCGACUAAUAAUGUAAUUUAGUUAGUUUUUAAUUCAAUUUAUGUUGAAACGUAAUAUUAUAAAGUUUGACAGUACA